AAGCACACAGCCGCUCAGUUCUUCUUGUCUAAUAGGCUAACUAGCUAGUUCCUCCCUCCUCCCCUCCGUCUCUCCCUCUCUCCUAUUCAUGUUCUCUCUCACCUCGAUCGCAGCUUGAGAGAGACUUGUGCAACAAAAAUUAGAGAGAGAGAGAUAGGAGAUACACGAGAGAUCGAUCGAUCAUGUCGAUGAGCUUCUUGAGCAUGGUGGAGGCGGAGCUGGCACCGGGGUUCCGGUUCCACCCGAGGGACGACGAGCUCAUCUGCGACUACCUCGCGCCCAAGCUCGGCGGCAAGGUCGGGUUCUCCGGCCGCCGCCCGCCCAUGGUCGACGUCGAUCUCAACAAGGUUGAGCCAUGGGAUCUCCCUGCGGCAGCGUCAGUGGGCCCUAGGGAGUGGUACUUCUUCAGCCUCAAGGAUAGAAAAUAUGCAACGGGGCAGCGGACGAACCGGGCCACGGUGUCGGGUUACUGGAAGGCUACUGGGAAGGAUCGGGCAGUGGCGCGGCGAGGGGCAUUGGUAGGGACGAGGAAGACACUGGUGUUCUACCAGGGAAGGGCCCCUAAGGGGAGGAAGACGGAGUGGGUGAUGCAUGAGUACAGGAUGGAGGGUGCUCUUGAGCAAUCCUCCAAGUUCUCCUCCAAGGAUGAAGAUUGGGUCCUGUGCAGAGUCAUCUGCAAGAAGAAAUUACCAGGAGGAGGCGCCAGCUCCAAGGCAUCAAGAAGCCUCGCCACCAAUGGCGGCCACGAGCACGACACCGCACCAACCAGCUCGCCGCCGCUGCCACCCCUCAUGGACACCACCCUAGCACAGCUCCAGGCCGCCAUGAACACUACCGCCGGCUCCGGCGCAGUCGAGCAGGUGCCCUGCUUCUCCAGCUUCAACAACAUCGCCAGCAACAGCAACAGUGCCGCUGCAGCAGCAGCUCAGCCAUGCUACCUGCCUAUGGUAACUGGCAGCCAUGGCAUGAGCUUCCUGAACCAUGGCCUGCCUGAGCUGGGCGGCUGCUUUGAUCCUCUGAACUGCGACAAGAAGUUGCUCAAGGCCGUUCUGAGCCAGUUCGGCGGUGAGGUGGUGCCAAGCCUGCCGCAUGAGAUGGCUGCUGGUACUGCGACCUCCACUUGGAUGAAUCACUUCUAGGGAAAUUGAUUGAGCAAGCACAAGUGAUUGGUGAUUCCAUAUAAACUAUAUUUACUUAUUGUGUGGUACAACAUUUAUGUGCGAGUAGUAGAUCAAGCAAUUUUUUUUUCUAUCGAUUUCGAUAAGGCAAGCGAAAAUUAGGAGUGAGACUCUGUAAUGGCUGUUGAAGUGUGUAUAUUCAGAUGUAGGGGGUUUGAGUGAUCAAGAGAAUUCCAGAUUGAUUAUUUUGCUGUGCC